AUGCCCACCGUUUGCACUGCCACAGUGGACGAUCUGACGGAAGGAUCGAGCGAUUACGCCGCCAACUCUUGGGUCACCUGGUUCCUCUCCACCAAAGGCAACGAGUACUUUUGCGAAGUCGACGAAGACUAUAUCCUCGAUCGUUUCAAUCUCACCGGUCUCAACGCAGAAGUUCAACACUAUCCACAAGCACUCGAUCUCAUCACGGAUUCCCUCGAAGAUGAUCUUUCCGACUCGAUCCGUGAUUCGGUAGAAGCUCAGGCUAAACUCCUCUACGGAUUGGUACAUGCUCGUUAUGUCAUCACCACACGAGGCUUGGCCAAGAUGUUGGAAAAGUACAAGAGGGCUGAUUUCGGUCGAUGUCCUCGUGUGCUUUGCUAUCAACAACCUCUCUUGCCCGUAGGCUUGAGCGAUAACCCGUUUCAGAAAGCGGUCAAGUUGUUUUGUCCUCGAUGCGAGGAUAUUUACUCGCCUAAAAGCAGCAGGCAUGGAACAAUCGAUGGUGCCUUUUUUGGAAGCACUUUCCCCCAUAUGCUUUUCAUCGUCUAUCCCCACCUCCUACCUUGCAAAUCGCCGUCAAGUCAAUCUCCGUUCUUGUUAAGUGCAACUCAACAUCGAUCCGACAGGACCCAGGAACAUGUCGAUGUCGACGAUUCCAUCCUCUCUUGUCUCCCCACCGCAGCCACUGGAGCAGCUGGUGUUGGUGGAGCGGCGAAUGCUUCUUCUUUACCAGCAGCUGGUGCGGUGGCAGCAGUAGCAAAUGCAAAUGCAAAUGCAAAUGCAAAUGCAAAUGCAGGUGGCGCAAGUGGAACACCAGCAAACUCAACCGCUGCUGCAGCGGCCAAGGUGGAAAGAUACAGACCUCGGAUUUUUGGUUUCCCGGUACAUGAGACGAGCAAGUUGCAAAAAUGGCAGGAUAGAGUGAGAGAUCAACAGAUCGAAUCCUUGGAAAAGGUGGAGAGUGCAGGCGGGAUUGCUACACCCGGUGCUGCUACCUUUUUCACCAAGGCCAUUGCACAACUGAAACAGCUCGACGCUGCAAACGCAGGGCAAGAGGCCAAAGCAGAUCCGAUCGGCAAUCCAGCCCUAACAGCACCAGCACCAGCAACGGUCAAGGCUCGAUCAAAUCUUACCACAGCUACUCUCUUACCAACUGCUUCGACUGACGUUGGGUCCUAG